AUGGGCGAGAAAGAAGAAACUUUUCCAGCUACAAAACGAUAUGUUGCUGAUGAAAAAACACGUAAAGAAGCCGAAUUAUUACAAGUGAUACAUUCGAUACAAAAUCAGAUACAUUCGAUCCAAGAACAUCUUACAAAAACUGAUGAAAUGAUUAAAAAACGUGAUGAAAUAAUUAAAAAACUUGAUGACAGGAUUGAGAAUUUAGAACUAGAAAUUGACCAACUAAAAAACUAUUUAGAUCGAAAUGAAUCACGUAAUGUUAAAUCGAGUGGACCCCCUGAAACAAGUGUAUAA